AUGGUCUUCGAGGAUGAGAGCAGCGACGACUGCUCCAGCCUGCAAUACAUCACCUCCUUCGACGACGAUCAGAUUCCUGCUAGCAUUGAAGACCAAGACUACAAUGGCCUGGAGAAGGCACCCGAGGGUCUCUGCGUGGAGCAUCGGCUGCCAACUGAGCGUCGUGUAGCUUUUGAAGGAUUUGAGACGGUAUUAUAUUUGGCCAGCAGCUUAGUUAGCAGUGGAGAUGCUCAUUGUUUAAUUGAGGAAGGUCCGAAUUGUGGUUUUGUUGGGUGGGUUGACCCAGAGUGGCCUCCCACAAUGCACAAUGCAUUGUUGAAGCUGUGGGAAAUGUUUGAAGAUAGUAGGAGUGCUAAGAGGAAGGAAGACAGGGUGCUAGAUUUCAGCUAUGUGCAGGCUAAGAUGCAGGGUGCUGAGGACAGGAUAGCUGAGGUUACCAGUGCAGCAGUGGCUGGCAUGAAGACUGAGAUGGAGAAGAAAGAGGCAGAGAACUUGAAGCUGCAAGAGAAGUAUGCAGUGCUUAUGAACCUGGUAGAAGCUCGAGGCAGUGUCAUUAGGAACCUGAAGAUGAAUCAUUUAGAGGAGAAGGAAAAGCUAAGUGAAGGCAACAUCAACUUCAAGGUUCAGGUUGAUGAGCUCACCAAGUCUGUGAAAAAGUCACUGAAGAGAAUGUGCAGCUGA